GCUCUUGACUCCACUCAGAUCCAUCCUGGGGACCAGUGCAGGAGCGGUCCUCGCAGCACCCAUCCUCUGCCCAGACUCCCGCUUCUUGUUUGCCGCUGGGCCUCGGCCCAGAAGCCAUUACGGGCGACACGGAGCCGCCAGUGCUGGAGGGGGAGCCGUGGGUGCGGGGCAGCGUUGGGGCAGAGGCCCCAGGACGCCCGCCCGGCCCCAGGCCCCGGUCCGCCCGGGCGCCCCCACGGGUCCCCCCCCCUUCCUGGUCCGAGCAGUGUGAGUGUGCCCGGGAGCCCGGCGCCGGCGGCGGCGGCGGCGUGGAAAGCGGCGUGGGCUGGGGGGUCCGGGCCGCGGGGGGCAGUGCUAUGCACAAGCACCAGCACUGCUGUAAGUGCCCCGAGUGCUACGAGGUGACCCGCCUGGCCGCCCUGCGGCGCCUGGAGCCUCCCGGCUACGGGGACUGGCAGGUGCCCGACCCCUACGGGCCAGGUGGAGGCAAUGGAGCCAGCACAGUUUAUGGGGGCUACAGCUCGCAGACCCUGCCCUCGCAGGCGGGGGCCACCCCUACCCCCCGCACCAAGGCCAAGCUCAUCCCCACCGGCCGCGAUGUGGGGCCAGUGCCCCCUAAGCCAGUCCCGGGCAAGAGCACCCCCAAACUCAACGGCAGCGGCCCCAGUUGGUGGCCAGAGUGCACCUGUACCAACCGAGACUGGUAUGAGCAGGUCAAUGGCAGUGAUGGCAUGUUCAAGUACGAGGAGAUAGUUCUUGAGCGGGGCAAUUCCGGCCUGGGUUUCAGUAUCGCAGGUGGCAUCGACAACCCCCACGUCCCUGAUGACCCUGGCAUCUUCAUUACCAAGAUCAUUCCUGGUGGGGCAGCUGCCAUGGAUGGGAGGCUGGGGGUGAAUGACUGCGUGCUUCGGGUGAAUGAGGUGGACGUGUCAGAGGUGGUGCAUAGCCGGGCUGUGGAGGCGCUGAAGGAGGCGGGCCCUGUGGUGCGGUUGGUGGUGCGGCGGCGACAGCCCCCACCUGAGACCAUCAUGGAAGUCAACCUGCUCAAAGGGCCCAAAGGCCUGGGUUUCAGCAUUGCUGGGGGCAUUGGCAACCAGCACAUCCCAGGGGACAACAGCAUCUACAUCACCAAGAUCAUUGACGGGGGUGCUGCUCAGAAGGAUGGCCGCCUACAGAUCGGGGACCGGCUGCUGGCGGUCAACAACACCAAUCUGCAGGACGUGAGGCAUGAGGAAGCGGUGGCGUCGCUGAAGAACACCUCUGACAUGGUCUAUCUGAAGGUGGCCAAGCCAGGCAGCCUUCAUCUCAACGACAUGUACGCACCCCCUGACUACGCCAGCACUUUUACUGCCUUGGCUGACAACCACAUAAGCCAUAAUUCCAGCCUGGGUUAUCUCGGGGCUGUGGAGAGCAAGGUCAGUUACCCAGCUCCUCCUCAGGUGCCCCCUGCCCGCUACUCUCCCAUCCCCAGGCACAUGCUGGCCGAGGAGGACUUCACCAGAGAGCCCCGCAAGAUCAUCCUGCACAAAGGCUCCACAGGCCUGGGCUUCAACAUUGUGGGAGGAGAGGAUGGAGAAGGCAUUUUUGUCUCCUUCAUCCUGGCAGGAGGCCCAGCUGACCUGAGUGGGGAGCUGCGCAGGGGAGACCGGAUCUUAUCGGUGAAUGGCGUCAACCUGAGGAAUGCAACUCAUGAGCAGGCUGCAGCUGCUCUGAAACGGGCUGGCCAGUCCGUCACCAUCGUGGCCCAGUACAGACCCGAAGAGUACAGUCGCUUUGAGUCGAAGAUACAUGACUUACGAGAACAAAUGAUGAACAGCAGCAUGAGCUCUGGAUCUGGGUCCCUCCGGACAAGCGAGAAGAGGUCAUUGUACGUCAGGGCCCUGUUUGAUUAUGACCGGACUCGGGACAGCUGCCUGCCAAGCCAGGGGCUCAGCUUCUCCUAUGGUGACAUUCUGCAUGUCAUUAAUGCCUCUGAUGAUGAGUGGUGGCAGGCAAGACUGGUGACCCCACAUGGAGAAAGCGAGCAAAUAGGUGUGAUCCCCAGUAAGAAGAGGGUGGAAAAGAAAGAAAGAGCUCGAUUGAAAACCGUGAAGUUCCAUGCCCGGACGGGGAUGAUUGAGUCGAACAGGUCGAUCAAAACGAAACGUAAAAAGAGUUUCCGCCUCUCUCGAAAGUUUCCAUUUUACAAGAGCAAAGAAAACAUGGCCCAGGAAAGCAGCAUACAGGAACAGGGAGUGACAUCCAACACCAGUGACAGCGAAAGCAGUUCCAAAGGUCAAGAGGACGCUAUUCUGUCCUAUGAACCAGUGACUCGGCAAGAAAUUCACUACGCGAGGCCUGUCAUCAUCCUGGGCCCCAUGAAGGACAGAGUCAAUGACGACCUGAUCUCCGAGUUCCCACAUAAAUUUGGAUCCUGUGUGCCACACACUACCCGGCCUCGGCGUGAUAAUGAGGUGGAUGGGCAGGACUACCACUUCGUGGUGUCCCGAGAACAAAUGGAGAAGGACAUCCAGGACAGCAAGUUCAUCGAGGCCGGCCAGUUCAAUGACAAUCUCUAUGGGACCAGCAUCCAGUCAGUGCGCGCAGUCGCAGAGAGGGGCAAGCACUGCAUCUUGGACGUUUCUGGCAAUGCUAUCAAGAGGCUGCAGCAAGCACAAGUUUACCCCAUCGCCAUUUUCAUCAAGCCCAAGUCCAUCGAAGCGCUGAUGGAAAUGAACCGACGACAGACAUAUGAACAAGCAAAUAAGAUCUAUGACAAAGCCAUGAAACUGGAACAGGAGUUUGGAGAGUACUUCACAGCCAUUGUACAGGGUGACUCACUGGAAGAGAUUUAUAACAAAAUCAAGCAAAUCAUUGAGGACCAGUCUGGCCACUACAUUUGGGUCCCAUCCCCUGAAAAACUCUGAAGAAUCCCCUCCAACCUUUCUCUUGUGAACAGAAGAAAUCAAGCCCCUCUUCCCUCCUUCCUCUUCAUUCCUGUCCCCACGGGGAGAACAAAUGACUACUGUUCUUGUCCCCUUUUUUAGAUAUGUCAAAAAAAAAUUGAGUUUUCUAGUCCUGUUGUGUUUUUUUAAAUUUCCGUUUUGUUUGAGUUUCUUUUGGGAUGAUGCCAUCUCACUCAUCAUGUGACUGUGCCCGUUCCUGCAUGGACCUUUCCCAAGCACUAGCACAGGUGCAGAUCCAUCAGAGUCAUUGUUUUCCUACAAAUCAAGCAGAAGCAACGCGAAGAGAGGAGGACUGAUGGAAAGACAGACUGGCCAGCGGUGCGUGCUGACAUGCUCCCGGGCAUUUCCACAUACCUGUUCUCAUGGAGCUCUGAACGAUGCAACGGCAUGGCCACAGAAAGGAUCUUAUUUAUAUAUAGAUAUAUAUAUGUAAUUUAUAUAAAAUAUAUAGAAAUUAUCAUAUAUAUAUAUAUUAUACACGCUCAUAUAAUAUAUAUAUAUCACACAUUUGGACUAGAAAAUCUAUGGAGACUUCGUCAAUGGUACUGUGUUAUCAGAGAAAUGCUUUAAUUUUCAUAUUCCAAUCCGAUGGCAUCUUAUAUCCCAACUGGUUGGGGACGGAUUGAAAAUGGCAGUACGUGCUGUACCGAGGGCACUCGCAUUUGGUCAUCCUCUUGAGAGCUAGGGUUUUCUCGAGCAGGGUCAGCCAGAGGCCUGCCAGAAGGGGCGACAGGGGUGGAGACGUGGCCCGAAAGCUGCUGCUGCCCUGGAGAGAGAAUGGCUACCAGUGCUCCCUGUUAAAUUGCCUAUUGUUUUAUGCCACCUGAUGUGUCUGCAUGACAGGUUUCCUUUUUGUUCAUUUUUAAGCUGCUGUUAAACCAAAACCAUGUUGUGCUAC